UGAUUUCUGGCAAUGGAAGGAAGUGGAAAGUUUAGUGGAUCAGUGGAGCUGUCGACGAUCGAGAGGCUACGGAACGAAUGCGAUCAAAAGCCAAUGCUUAAAUGGCCCAAAGCAACCAGACAACACAGCCAACAAGUGGAGCACUCGAACUGACUGCAUUAUCUGCAAGCGUGUAUUCAACUGAAGCCGUAGAAAGGAAAACCCUCAAGAGGCGGUGGUUUGUGAGGAACUGUACAGCGGCUAAGCAGUUUUGCAGCCACUGUCCACAGCUAGCGAGAGGCAAUUACAGCCCUUGUCAAACUUUCUACCAAGUGGAGUUACGAACCCCUGGGAACAGUCUUAGCGUGUUUUUAAGCCCAAUAUGAGAACAGAUUAAAAUGAAGUUCAAAGAUAAAAAGGUUGAACAAAUGGCGCCUUAAUUCAAAAAUAUAGAAUAUUAUUAGCUAUUCAUAAAAGUCACAAAACCUAGAAGAACGAAGGGAUAAUAGAUAAAAUAAAAGAAAAAAAUGGUGAGAAGGUCGCAACCAUUUUAAAUAGAUUAACGAAAAAAAAGUUUACGCGUAUCUUACUUUUUACGAUAAAAACAAAAACAAUAAAGGAAAAACAAAAAAAAAGUACCAACGUUGUGAAAAAGAGGAGUUAAAUAACACUUAGAACAUUUUUUUGGUUUUGAAAUGUAACCACAAAUUGGACUUCACUUGGGGAAAUACAUAAUAAAAUAAAUAUAUAAUAAAAUACAUCUGUCAAACGUCAUAGAUAUACCCCCAAACUAAAACUCUCCCUAUAAACUGGACAGAAUUAGUACCAGAAAACACUUUGAGAACAGACCAUGUCCACGCAGUGGCAGAAUGAGGUGGUGCGGAUUACGCGCCAGGUGAAGCGCAAACUUCCGCAUCGAAAUUUCCGUGAGAUCAACUUUGAUCGCGAGGCGAUUAGGGAAGCUAUAGCUCCACUGACCUACGACCAGGCGCGUAGGAUCAAGGGUCCCGUUUACGAGGCCUUGGAGGAUGAGCUGCGUCGAGCGGGUUGCACCAUGCUGCCAGAGUUCCUGCACUGUCUGGCCACCAAGGAGCAGGCACUUUUCGAUAGUUUAAACAUUCGAGAACGGCUGGCCGAUGACUCGGAAUUGCUCUACGGAAUGGUGGAUCGACUUCGGGAAGCCGAACUGGCCGUUUGCCGGAACAAACACCGGGGACUCAAACAGUGUUUCGCCCUUUUUUUCGAGACCAUGCAGCUGCUGGAACCCUAUCGCCAGAAAUACGCAUACGCCCUGGUGGCCCUCAAUGAGCACAUCAUCUCGCUGUGCCGCAACAUCGCGGGUCAGGAACGGGAGGCCGCCGAAUAUAUAUCGCGCAUCUACUACUCCUACGCCUUGUAUCUGGUGAACACGGGUCAGCGGACCUCGGCCAUCAACUACCUACAAAUAGCCAUGGAUCUGGUGAGGGGUCACGUCUGGACCGCCGAGGUGGGAAUGCCCGCGGGAAGCCUCACACUCCACGAGCUGGUGGCCCAGAAACUGGCCAGGCAACUCCUCAUCCAGGGCAAGGCCAUUGUGCGCCAGCAUCCCGAGGAUGCGGUGGCCAUGGCCCGACGAGCCACAGUCCUUAUAGCGGAAAUUGGCAGGGAUAAGAACAUGGAGAUCUUUUGUGAUACCUUCCUGGAACGGGCCUACUUCCUGAUGGAGAUUGGCAACUAUAACUCGGCUCAGCAGUGUCUGGACCAGAUCCGCACCCAGAUCUUGGCCUGCACCGAAUAUCGUUUUGUCAAGCUCAACAUUAAGUAUUACUUGUUCCAGGGUCAAUGCUCGGAGAUCUUUGAGCACGUGGACAAAGCCAUCUCGUGUUACAAGCGGGCUCUCCGCCUGUCCCGUCUUUACACCCAUCGGGAUCUGGAGGCGGAGAUUCUGCUACAUCUCGGAAAGAUCUUCGCCAAGGACACCCAGAUGACGAGUAUUGCCAAGAAGUGCUACGAGCAUGCCAAGCGCAUUUACGUGGACUUUAAUGAUCAGCACAGCCGCAAGAUGGCCAACUAUUUGCAGGCCAAGUUGAUGGCCGACGAGAUCACACCGCUCUAUAUGGCCAUGCUGAAGUCUUCUACAACUCGGUACUGUGCCUUCUUCAAUCUGCGUCAGUGGAAGAAUCGCUGUCGACCCUUCUGGAAGCGAUUGGGCGACGAGAUCAUCAAACAGGAAACGGACAGCAUCUACUGUCUGCUGGAUGAGGAGAAGGAGGAUCCCGGCCACGACGUGGCCCUCUACGAUGAUGUCGAUCCCAAGACAUUCAAACUGGCGGAGGGCGAUAUCUGAGUUGGCCCUGCGUUCUUAGUUAAGAAAAUUAAAUCGUUCAACGCUCCUUAUGAUUCAUUAAAAUGGUUUCGGCAAGCAAUGUUUU